UUCACAUACGCCACAGAUGCGAACAAGAUGGCGCGACAAAAGUUUCAAAUGGACGUCAACAACACAAUCCUAACUUUACGGCGAAGGCAGCGUUGAAUGUUUUAAAGAUUAGUCUUUAGAAAAUAUUAUUUUCUAAAAGCCAAGAAACGGAAGUUGACUUUGGAGCGACUGCUUGUUACCGGAAGUGAAGAUUGAAGACGUGCUAGAAGAUGGACGACUGCUGCUAUGCUAAGAUGGCGACGUCAUGUCAAAGAGAAAGUGAAAGAGAAUCAACAACUUCCAGCAAAUCACACACAGAGGAAAAGACGAAAACUGCGGAUGAAGCUUAGCACUGCAGCCCGACACCAACGACCGGCUACUCACCUUCAGCCGAGAUGAACUCCUGUGGAGUAGCACCAAGCCUGCCGUGGUCCCUCCUUCGGAGCUUCGGCCGAGGAAAAGGGGAAGUUAGAGGCAUCCGGAGCCGGGUAAGAAGACGUCCCUUAAAACCUCCUCUGCCCACCAUCAUCAUGUCCAACGUACCAUCACGCCGUUACAAGAUGGAUCUUCUACAAGCAAGACAUCCAGCGGCUAGAUGGUCAUCUGGAAGAACUUCGCCCUCAGUCGCAGGAAGCGGAUCUCCCUGAGCUGCCACUCGUUGUUGUCACUGUCAAGACUGAAGACGACAAACCAGAGGCUUUUCAUUCUUUGGGUCUUGCAGACAUCCAGCGUCUUAUCGGUCUUCCAGAAAAACUUCCCCCUCUUCUGCAAGGGGGAGGCUCCACUUUGAAGGAGGAGGAUCCACAGGCCCCUCACAUUAAAAAGGAAGAGGGGGAACUUUGGGUGACUAAGGAGGGAGAGGGUCUCUCGGAUAUCACAAAGUUGCUCUUGGAGACCGAAGACGAUGAGAAGAAACCAAAACCAGUCGCGCUCUUAACUCCACUGUCAGAUAGGGAGGCUGAAGACGGGGUUGAAGUACCUUUGAGCAGCGAUACAGACUGUGAAGGCGAUAUGAGAACUCAAACCGACAACAAAAUCUCUAAAUGUCCCGAAACGAAGACGGGUGAAAAAUGUUUUAGUUGCCCAGUUUGUGCUAAAAGCUUUAGCAAAAAUUGCAAUUUGACUCAACACAUGAGAACGCACGCAGAAGAAAAGCCAUUCAGUUGCUCAGUUUGCGGGAGAGGAUUCACUCAGAAGGCAAGCAUGGCUUGCCACAUGGCAACACAUGCGGAAAGAAAACACUACCCCUGCUCCGUUUGCAGUGCCGGCUUUGCGCACAGGCAGAGUUUGUACCGACACAUGCUGAAACACACCGGAGAGAAACCCUUCAGUUGUUCAGCAUGCGGCAAAAGGUUCCCUCUCAAAUACUUGAUGGUAAAACACACGCGGACACACACCGGAGAAAAAACGUUUUGUUGCACUGUGUGCGCGAAAAGAUUCGCUCAGAAGUCACACAUGGUGAAGCAUAUGAAAACGCACGCACGCGAUGAACAGUUGAGUUGUUCAGUUUGUGGUGACGUCUUCACUGAGAAGGCAACUUUGGUAACACACAUGAAAGCGCACAAAGAAGAAACACCCAUUCGUUGCUCAGUCUGCGGCAAAAUAUAUCGCUACAAACAAAAUUUGUCCCGGCACAUGCUGAAACACACCGGAGAAAAACCCUUUAGUUGUUCAGUUUGCGGGAAAGGAUUCUCCCUGAAAUAUUCAAUGGUUGCACACAUGAGAAGGCACACGGGAGAGCAACCGUUUCUGUGCUCCGUUUGCGGUAAGUUGUUCACCUUGAAGGCGUCUUUGUCAAUGCACAUGAAAAAGCACGCCGACAAAAAACCAUUCCAUUGCUCAGUCUGCGGCAGGUUCUUUUGCUACAGACAGACGUUGACAAGACACAUGCAGAGGCACACUGGAGAAAAACCCUUCAGUUGUUCAGUUUGCGGCAAAGGAUUCACCUGCAAGGAAACUAGAGAAAUGCACAUGAAAAUCCACACGGAGGAAAACCUGUUAUGUUGCUCGCUUUGUGGCGAAUUAUUUUGUUACAGACAAAGUUUGACCCGACACAUGCUGAAACACAACGGAGAGAAACCCUUCAAUUGUUCGGUUUGUGGUAGAAGUUUCUCACUGAAGUACUUGCUGGUGAAACACGCCAGGACACACACCGGAGAAAAACCCUUCAGUUGUUCAGUCUGCGGCAAAAGGUACUCGGACAAGAAAGGUAUUCACGCGCACAUGAGAACACACAGAGGAGAAUAAUCUUUUACGUGCUCGAGAUUGGGUUGACGGCACACAAGUGGGCACACAACAGCGAGUGCAGUUUUUUUUCUUUGUUCAAUUUGUGCGGAAAGAUUUCCAAAUCAUAAAAGUGUAAAGUUCCGUGAGAGAACUCACCUAAAAAGUGACGGUCUGCCGUGCUAAGUGAUGCAAAGAACAGCAGCUACGUAACUUUGCUUGGUGGAGAACAACAUGGAUGUUGUUUCCCUCGCCCUUCUUUUGGAUUACACAAGUGCACAUCAGUGAUCAUGAAAUUGUGUGUGUGUCGUGACAAAGUUGAAUAGUAGUGUCGUACAUACACAAAGAGUCUAAGUUACAACAUGUCCUCUACGUUCAACAACACUUACCGUAUUUCCUUGAAUUGCCGCCAGGGCGUUAAUUAAUUUAAAACCUCUUCUCACUCCGGCACUUACCAAAGGCAUGCGGUAAAUUCAGGCCUGCGCUUAAAAAUUUGAGUGUGAUGUAAGGAUAACAUCAUGAAAAGCACAUUUAAUUUAAAAAAAAAAAACAUUAUUAUGGUCUUACCUUUACUUAUAAAUGAAGUCCAUGCGCAGCUCCUUCUGUUCAAAAGCAUCGAUAACUUGUUUAUAGAAGUCUUCCUUAUCUUUCUUCAGUUUUAAAAGUCUCUCUCUCUCGAUGGAGAUCUUCCUUUAUUACCUCCUGCUUCGAUUGAAAGUCCAGUUAAGAAAACUAUUUUAUUUUAGAUAUGUAAUCCUCCAUGUUAAAAGUGCAAGCGAGAGGGAAAAAAUAAACGAUCGCUGCUCACUCUUGCUGCUUGUUGUCACUUCUUCUGCAGCCGAGUAGUCGCAAGAAGGAUCAAUAGCACCCUCUACCACCAGGAGGCGGGAGUCAUUUAAUGACUCAUAUUUGACACACGCAGCUACGGUAUAUUAAAGGCCUACUGAAAUGAGAUGGCUUUGGCAUCCAGAGCCUUAAGGCUCUGGAUGCUGUGGGGCUGUCUUGGUUGACAAGACUCUGCAGCAUCGCGUGGACAUCGGGGGCGGUACCUCUGGAUUGGCAGACCGGGGUGGUGGUUCCUCUCUUUAAGAAGGGGGACCGGAGGGUGUGUUCCAACUAUGGUGGGAUCACACUCCUCAGCCUUCCCGGUAAGGUUUAUUCAGGUGUACUGGAGAGGAGGCUACGUCGGAUAGUCCAACCUCGGAUUCAGGAGGAACAGUGUGGUUUUCGUCCUGGUCGUGGAACUGUGGACCAGCUCUAUACUCUGGGCAGGGUUCUUGAGGGUGCAUGGGAGUUUGCCCAACCAGUCUACAUGUGCUUUGUGGACUUGGAGAAGGCAUUGGACCGUGUCCCUCGGGAAGUCCUGUGGGGAGUGCUCAGAGAG